AUGCCUACGUCGAACAGAACCAGUACGAAUUUCAGCGUCAAGGGCGACGAGGGCAAGCCGAUCACCAAGAUCGUGAUGUCGAAGGAGUGGGUGCUCCCGCCGAGACCGAAGCCGGGACGGAAGCCGUGUGACGACAUUCCGAGCUCGAAACGCAAGGCACAGAACAGGGCGGCGCAGCGGGCGUUCCGAGAGCGCAGAGCCAACCGGGUGAGCGAGCUCGAGGAGAAGAUCAUGGAGAUGGAGCGGGACCGGAGCGUGAGCGAGGGCCUGUUGAACAACAUGAUCAAGACGCUGCAGAACGAGAACUCGCAGCUCAAGAGCGAGAACGCCGGGUUGCGGGGCGACAACGCGAAGCUGGUGCAGAGGCUGAAGGACUCUGCACCAGCCGGAGGAGCAACGAGCUCGCCCGAAAGAAUGAGCAGUCUCGAGUCUCUCUUCAACCUCGAGCCGCAGUCCGCCGUCCCGCUCAAGAGAAAGUCCUCGUCUUCGGUGUCGCCGUCGACCCGGUCUCUGUCCAAGGGCGAGAUCGACUUCACCAACGCCUUUGCGUUCAAGAAGCAGCGGAAGAUGCCUGUGCUCAACGACAUCUUUUUUUCGAAGAGCGAGUCCGUCAAGCCCGAGAGCAAGGAACAGACGCCAAGCGGCUCCGGAAUACCGCUUUCGGCCAGACCAGGAUCCUCCUCGUCAGCCACACCAACACCGCUUGCAGCGCCUACUACUACCGCCGCCACCACCGCUACAACCGCUACAACCGCCGCCACUACCAACGCUUCAACCACCACCUCUACGAUAAGCAAUAAUAUACCUUUUGAAAGCUGUGGGUUCUGCUCGGAAGACACGCCUUGUGUCUGCCGUGAAAUUGAGACGGAGCAGCAGCAGCAGAUGCAGCGCGAGAUCAGAAACAUCAAGGAAUCGAAGCUCAAGAUCGAGAUCGAAAAGAAGGAGAGAGAGCUCAUCAUGGAGCUCACCAGGUCUGCCAAGAAGGACGACAUGGCCCAGAUUGCAAAAUGCACAGGCAACCCUGGAACGUGUCUGCAGUGUCGAAACGACCCACUCUCCAACCUGUUCUGCAAGACGAUUGCAGAGAAAUCGAGCGAAGAAGAGAUUGUUCUUCCAAGUAUAUCCAGAAACGGGUCCAUCAGCUCGAUGAACGAUGCUGCCGUCAGCAUCAGCAACAGCACCAGCAGCAGUAUCUCUAACCCCGGCAGCACCUCAAGCAGCAAGUACAGACUGCCAUCUCUAGAAAGUCUAAAACUGAAUGAGGCCGGUAAGCAGUUUGUUCCCUGUGCGGACGCUUACAAAACAAUAUCCCACCAUCUUGAUAUCCGCAAUGUUGGCGUGAACAACAUUGCAAACAACCUCCAGACCAAGGGGAUGUUUGUUGAGGUCGGAAGUGUGGUGUCCUGCUUGCGAGAACUGGACAGGAAAUUUUCCAGUAGCUAG